UUGGGGCUUCCUCCCAGGCAGAUCGUAGGGAAAGGGGGGGGGCUCUCUCUCGCCAGAAGGUGGGCCUAAGAGGAGGGCGCCACUUCCUGCCUGAAAAUGAAUGAGUCCGCGGGGAAGGAGGCAGUUCCCCUCUUGAUCAAUUCGUCUGAAUAGUUGAUCCAGGAAAAAACCCAGCUCUUUUUCUACCCAGGCGAAAAAAUAUCAACGAUUUGCACGGAGAACCACCUUUGUUCUGCGGCUCUGAACAACCUGCCACACCUUUGCUGCUUGGUCCUCAUUCCAGGCGGCGCGAUCACGGCGAUCGUGGGCUGCUUUGAGCCGAUCUCCAUUGCUUCCCCACCCCCUCCUUUGCCUCGCGCUUUCUGUCUUGCAAGAUCCGGAUUGUUGCUGAUCUCCACGGCAUAUCUGGAAUGGUUUCGGUGGGUGAGUGUGCAUUUUAAAAUCGCAACCUAAUCAGGAUCUAAUACCGACUAACAAGGAAAAAGGGCUUAAACGGACUCAGCAAAGAUUUUUCUGCUGCUGAGUCACCCAUCAACACCAUGGGAAACAUUUCAUCCAAUAUUUCUGCCUUUCAGUCUCUGCACAUUGUGAUGCUGGGUCUGGAUUCUGCGGGCAAAACCACGGUCCUCUACAGGCUUAAAUUCAACGAAUUUGUCAACACGGUGCCUACCAUUGGCUUCAACACUGAAAAAAUCAAGCUAAGCAAUGGAACUGCAAAGGGCAUCAGCUGCCAUUUUUGGGAUGUAGGUGGGCAAGAGAAACUGAGGCCCCUGUGGAAAUCCUAUAGUCGUUGUACUGAUGGUAUCAUUUAUGUAGUGGACUCUGUUGAUGUGGACAGGCUAGAAGAAGCCAAAACAGAGCUGCACAAAGUUACCAAGUUUGCAGAGAAUCAAGGCACUCCCUUGUUAGUGAUUGCCAACAAGCAAGACCUGCCAAAAUCUUUGCCUGUGGCAGAAAUAGAAAAACAGUUGGCUCUGCAUGAGCUAACUCCAUCCACCACUUACCAUAUACAACCAGCCUGUGCGAUCAUUGGUGAGGGGCUCACAGAAGGUAUGGACAAACUCUACGAGAUGAUUCUCAAGCGCAGAAAAUCCUUAAAGCAGAAAAGGAAACGAUAAGACAAGAAGGAACUGAAUUCCAUUAGAUCAUGGAGUCAAGUUAGUCUGACUUGCUAGCUUGAAGUAUUAGUUAAAAGUAGCAGUCAGAUGCCGGUUUUUGUAUUAUUUUCCAUAGUAUCUCAGAAUCCUUCAAAUAUGCUGAUUUUUUACUACAAGUUCAGAUGAUAACAUUGUGCUGACUACCAUUUGGGAUGCUGGUCAGAUCUAUGCAUGGCAGCCUAUCACUUCCAUCCUGCUCUCAGGCCCCAUAAGCCAGUGGGAGAAGAGAAGGCCUCUUCAUAAUAUUCUAGCAGGACUAGAAGGCAGGCAAGCAGAAACUUGCCCUAUCGGCUGCUUCUGACCUUGUGAACUACAAAUAUGCAAGAGGCUCCCCUCAUUCUUUGGACAAUUCCUGGUUUUUUUUUAAUAUAUAUAUAUAAAAAACAGAAACUACACUGGGAGAGAAAAAUCAUAAAGCUUGAUAUGACAGGGCAGGUCCCUGUUCCAUUCAGAUUAAGAUUUGUGCUGCCAUCUCAGGAUGUUACAACAUGGUGAUGUGUGUGCAUGAAGAUCUAGACAUUGCUCGAUGGGAAAAAUGCUGUGAUUAAGGGGAAAUGUGCAUUAAAAUACAGCUUUGAUAUAUAUUGCUUAUGGAUGGCUCUUUGAACCACUUGUGGAAAUUAUUUCUCAGACUUAGAACAAACUUACCAAGGUGUUUAUGAUCUGUUGUUGUGUGUGGCUAUUACCAAGAUCAGCAAAUAUGUAAUUGCUGAACCAAUGAGACCGGGCUAUUUCCUGGAGUAAUUUUUAUGUGUUUAGAGGGAAAUAACCUGUGUUCCCUGUCAUUCAGUUGAGUGUAAGGAUAUACAUAGUGGGUGGACUGUUCUUUUUUCUUUUUUUUUUCCUGUAUUGUCUUUUGGAUGGGUUCUUAAAAUUGGGUAAAGAGGGCUGUGUGUUAUCAUGUAUUCCUAUAUUAAAAAAGUAAGUUGGUGGUGUGCUGAUGCACUUGAAUUAAAAACAGUGAGCAGCUUGGAUCGUUUGUGACCAGUAGCUGCCUCUUGGUGCUGCUUUAUAAGCAUUACAUUAGAAAAUGUUAUCUUUUCAUAAGUCUACACACUGUAGCAAUAACCACUAAAUAACUUUUU